AUCACCAGGUCGCCUUGUUUGAAUGCUGUUUUCUUUUACAAGUCAUUCACAUUUGAGACACUGAGUUAGGCCUGGCAUUCCUAGCAUUCUUAAUAAAGAAAGGGCCGCGACUAAUACCACGGCGGCGGUCUUAGACUUCCCAAAUACCACGCCAACUUUGUCUAUACCAUGUUCAAGAAACUCAAAGACAAGUUGAAAGGCGACGAAAAGCCAUCUUACGGAACAGAUCAGCACAAUCUACAAUCAAACAAUCCUUACUAUCAACAUUCUCAACAGCCAUCAACAGAGAAAUACCAGCCUCCUCCUGGUCCCCCGCCAAACCAGGCCUCUUCGUCAAAACCCGAAUACACAGCACCUCCAGGACCUCCACCAAGUCAUCAAUCCUCAGGCUACGCACCCCCACCGGGUCCACCUCCUUCAUACCCCCAGCAACCACCUCCAAGCUGGGAUCCACCCCCAUACCACGACUGGACUGUGAUACCCGACACCGCGCUUCUCCCCCCUCCCCCCUCAAUGGGCUACGACAGUUCCCCCACGGCAAACGCCACAGCCGAAGAAGGCGACCGAGCCCUUGCCUGGACAAAAGCGCACCCCCUAUGGCCCCCGCAAACCCUCCACCCAAGCACCCACACUGCAAUCCAAAAUGCGCAGCUCGCCCUUCUCAAACCCCCCUCCUUAGCCGGCGACUUGUUCCCCCAACAGACCGCAGGACACUGGCGCAUCCGCACCUACCCCUCUUGCCGCGACUCCAGCAUCCUGUCUAACCUCCCCCUCUACAGCGCUCUCACUGACUCCCCCCUGAUCACGCACCACCCGAGAACCCUCUACUUUGAGCUCAAAGUUACAUCCAUAGGUCACGGUGCCUCAUCUUCCCUCUCUGAAGCAGACGCUGGCAUCGCAAUCGGGUUCGUCGCCCCUCCGUACCCCACCUUCCGGCUCCCAGGCUGGGAACGCGCCAGCUUGGGUGUCCAUGGCGAUGAUGGCAGAAAGUACGUGAAUGAUGCGUGGGGCGGGAAUGAUUUUACCACUGCGUUCAAACCGGGGGAUACGGUGGGGAUCGGCAUGACGUUUGAGGUGCCGAAGAAUCCGCCCGCGUAUCAGGGCGGGCAGGAGGGGAAGAUGUUGGAUAUUAAGGUUUUCUUUACGAGGAAUGGGGUCAAGGAGGGUGAGUGGGAUGGCAAUGAGGAGUUGGAUGUUCGGAGUGAGGGAGGAAAUGUGGGACUAAGGGGAGAGUGUGAUUUGUUUGCUGCGAUUGGAGUGUUUGGCGGAGUGGAGUUUGAUGUUUUCUUCCACCCGGGUCAGUGGCUGUACAGGCCUGUGUGAGGGUGUUUGGACGCGAAAGCAGACCUGCUGUCCUAGUUACUUAAUCUCAUGUCUUUUUUUUG